UGAUCACAAUCACAACUUCAAAAAAAAAAACUCAAAACGACGUCGUUUUGUGGCCAAACCCAAUACGAUGCGUUUAACAAGCAUCCCCUUUCACAAUUAAAUAACGUUACAAACGUAAACAACGUUCUUACUCUCCGCUUAAACAAAAAAUCGCGUUUCGCUCUCUUCUCUUCGAAAAACCUCACAGAUCGAGAAGAAGAAGAAGAGAGAUUGGUGUUGUUGAAGAUGGGGUUAACAUUCACGAAGCUGUUCAGUAGGUUAUUUGCGAAGAAGGAAAUGAGAAUUUUGAUGGUUGGUCUCGAUGCUGCUGGUAAGACAACCAUCUUGUAUAAACUCAAGCUUGGAGAAAUCGUCACAACCAUCCCCACCAUUGGGUUCAAUGUUGAAACCGUGGAGUACAAGAACAUCAGCUUCACUGUGUGGGAUGUCGGGGGUCAGGACAAGAUCCGCCCAUUGUGGAGGCACUACUUCCAGAACACCCAGGGUCUCAUUUUCGUGGUUGAUAGCAAUGAUAGAGACCGAGUGGUUGAGGCAAGGGACGAGUUGCACAGGAUGUUGAAUGAGGAUGAACUUCGAGAUGCUGUUUUGCUUGUUUUUGCCAACAAACAAGAUCUUCCCAAUGCAAUGAAUGCUGCAGAAAUAACUGACAAGCUUGGACUUCAUUCACUCCGCCAACGCCACUGGUAUAUUCAGAGCACUUGUGCAACUUCUGGAGAGGGUCUUUACGAAGGUUUGGAUUGGCUUUCUAACAACAUUGCUAGCAAGGCAUAAUGAGACAUCUGGAAAAUUUUGGGUGUGAUCUGAUAAUUUCCUGUGAGUCUGGCGGUUCUUGAAGAAGGAUGCUUUUCCUUUCAAGUGAAUAUUGCAAUAGAGGAAUGGUUGUUUGUUAGAAAUAUUAUCCUCUUUAGUGUUACUUGGGUUUGUAUGAUUGCUUAAAUGAGCUAAUACUCUUAGCUAUAAUUGAAACUCUUGCAAUCUACACUACUUUGGCGUGCCUUCAUGUUUAGUUUGAUUAUCAGUUGAAUAUCUACUGGUUCUGUUGUUGGAGUUAUACCAGUAAUAAUUUUGUCUAGCAAUUGGUGAA